UCCCGAGUGGGACGGCACCGCCGGCGGGAGCCGCGGAGGAGAGGGGGAAGGAGGCAGGAGGAGGGGAAGGACACUGCAGCCUGCCUGAAUAAUUGAUAGUGGGAGGAGAGGGGAGCGCGGGCGGGAGCAGCUGGACGCUUGGGUCUCCAUCCGCUCGCCAGCCGAGGAUGAGAAAGGCCGGCGCAGACAGUCUGAUGAGGUAGAGCACUGCAUCAGUGACAUACUUGACUCUCCUACGCCAGACUCACCAACUGUACUUAACACUGCUGUUCACCACAAGCCUGCAGACUUGUUUGAAAUGAUUGAAAAAAUGCAGGGCAGUCGUCUUGAUGAGCAAAGAUGUUCACUUCCAGCUCCACUCAAGAGGGAAGAGGAGUAUAUUCCAUACCCCAGCAUCCACGAGGUGUUACGGAAAGGUUGGCCAUACCCCCUUAUUAUCUUACCCCAGUUUGGGGGUUACUGGAUUGAAGGGACCACCCACAGUUUCUCCAGCUUGACCCAGGCUCCGUCUGAUCUGCCAUCCCCUUGCAGUGGUAAAGUGAAGUUGGAGUGUGACCCCACAGCGAAGCUGUAUCGCAAAUACUUCCUUGGGAAGGAGCACCAGAACUUUUACUCCAAUGACACAGCCUUGGGCUACCUAAUCCUUUCUGUGAAGUAUGAGCAGAUUGAGAAGCAGGACAAUCUACGCCUAUUGCUAAGGACUCGAACUGGCACCAAACAUGACUUAAUCCCCAUUUCCUGCCUCAAUGAGUUUCCCAAUGCUGUUCAGAUGGCAAAGCUACUCUGUGAGGAUGUGAAUGUUGACCGAUUCUUCCCUGUUCUCUACCCCAAGGCUUCACAGCUCAUUGUUGCAUUCGAUGAACAUGUUAUCAGCAAUAACUUCAAAUUUGGGGUCAUAUACCAGAAGCCUGGCCAGACCACCGAGGAAGAGGUCUUCAGUAACACUGAGGAGAGUCUGGGCUUCUUGGAGUUCCUGGAGUUCCUUGGAGACAGGAUCCAACUGCAGGAUUUUCGUGGGUUCCGGGGAGGUUUGGAUGUCACUAGGGGUCAAACAGGCACUGAAUCAGUCUAUACAAAUUUCCGAGGCAAGGAGAUCAUGUUCCAUGUGUCUACGAAGCUGCCCUUCACAGAGGGAGAUGCUCAGCAGCUACAGCGGAAGCGUCACAUUGGGAACGACAUUGUAGCCAUCAUUUUCCAGGAUGAAAACACACCCUUUGUUCCUGACAUGAUUGCUUCUAAUUUCCUACAUGCCUAUGUGGUGGUACAGCUUACAUAUGAUGCCAGCAGGGAAACCUUAUACAAGGUUUCAGUUACUGCCCGAGAUGAUGUCCCCUUCUUUGGGCCCCCUCUGCCAAACCCAGCCUUGUUUAAAAAGAGUGCAGAAUUCCACGAAUUCCUCUUGGCUAAACUCAUCAAUGCUGAGUACAGCUGCUACAGAGCUGAGAAGUUUGCCAAACUAGAGGAGCGCACCCGCAGUGCCCUCUUGGAGAGUCUCUUUGAGGAGCUGCAGCUUCGCAGCCGCAACAUGAUGGGCCUGACCUCUGGGGAGGAUGACAAGAUGGAAAAUGGAAGUGGUGGCUUCUUUGAGAACUUCAAGCGGGUGAUCCGGGGCCGCAGCCAGAGCCUGGAUACUAUGGGUAUGGCCAUGAGGAAACAACAGCAGCCAGCAACCCCACCAAACCGCCCGGGUACAGCUGGCCUUGCCCUCAACCAGAGUGUCGCCGAGGGCCCCAAGGCUAUUGCUGCGUCUUUUGCCCUACCUGGAAGGAGUCCAUCACGUACCCGAGGCAGCCGUUUCCACAGUCGACGCAGCAGUGCUAUUGGCAUUGAGAACAUCCAGGAGGAGAAGAGUAAGGAUGUUGCUGAGGGGAUCCAGAAGGUGGUUGAUAGUCCAGGACCUUUACUUGACCUGAAGUCUGAUGGAUCCUCCAGUCCCAGUUCCCCAGAAUUCCCAAAUAGGAAGAGCAAAACCCUCUCCAAUCAAAGCUCAGGAUAUUGUGUGAUGCAGCCACUCUCGCGCUCCUCUUCCAAUGUGAGCAGCUGUUGUAGUGGAGUGAGGGAAAAUGAAACAUCUGAGGAAGAGGAGAACGAGACGGAGCUGAUGUGCUCUGUCUCGGGCCCUCAGAAGCGGGAUUCCUUGGUUCAGAGUGUGUGGCUGGAUGACAUUGUCUGUACACCCAGCAGUGGCAGUUCACCAGAAAGAAGACCUGCUGAGCAGAGAUGCAAAAGGACAUCUUUGCAUAUAUACUUGCUAAACCAGAUUCAACGAUGGGAUGGAGGUGUAAAUAAAAAGCAGGAGAACCUGGACAAAAACCCAGUAAAAGGAGAUGAUAUGGAGAGUCUUAACAAGGUAGUAAGAGAGAAAUUAUCAGGGCAAUUAGCUACUCAUCUAAGAUCUAAUACAAGAAGUAUGGGCCAGGGAGGAGUGUGGUGUGGCUUGGAUCCAUGGGCUGUUCUCUUAAACAUCCUCUCGUGUGAUGAUCAUACUGCCUAAAGCCAUUCAAGGCAUCAAAGCCUGAUAGGAUGAUGUGUACAAGUUGCCAGUAAGAAAGAGAGGACAAGGGUCAACACUGAUGCAAAGAGAGAGAAGGGAUACAGAGUAGGAGCAAUGGAACAUGGAGAGGAAACCUGGAAACCUCAGGCACUUGACUGAGUCAGAGCAAACUUGUUUUUCACAUACUACUAUGUACCCAGAUUGAGCAAAGAUAUGUUUUAUUCCUUUUUUUCCUUGUCCUGAUUACCUUUUCCUCAAAGCAAACCUUAGGAAAACGUUUUUGAGAAUCUCCAGGCUUCUGGAGUUUGUUGACCAUAGAAUCCUAAUGGACUCUAUGAUGUCAUCAUGCCUAAUGAUCUGAGUGACAUCACAGUGGUAAACAAGAGAUCAGAAAAAGAAGGAAGAAAAAGUCUGCGGGAGAAUUUGAGUCUGCUGACAGGAAGAUACUCUUUUCUAGAGAAGGUAGGGGGGUUUUAGAUGUAAUGUGGUCAAGCCAGAGAGUAAAUGAAUAUAAGAAAUGGGCUUUUUGAAUGGAAUGGAAUGUAAAGAAAAAAAUUAGGGAUGGACUGUUUCUUUAUUUAAAUUUACACGUGUACUAAAAAGACACCUAUCCAUAUACUCUCGGCACGAUUGAUUUAAGGUAAAACUUAAUUAAAAAGGUUUGAAUGCAGUAUUACAACUUAAUAUUCCUAGACUACAGAGAUGGACUAAUGGAUACAUAUUUGGGGCGCAGCUGUACAUGCAUUAAUAUGCCUUUUCUAAUUAGCAUUAAAUUUAGUACCUCUGAUGUGAGGUACUAAAUUAACGUGCAUUAUGCUGUGCUAAUGCACAGUAGUG